UCAUAUUCUGUGAGCGAGCUCCCCCUCCUCGCACUCGGCGCAACCAUGGCGAUCGGCAAGACGAACAAGAAGGGCGGCCGAAAGGGCAACAAGAAGAAGACCGUGGACCCCAUGACCCUCAAGGAGUGGUACGACAUCAAGGCGCCCUCCAUCUUCCAAGUGCGCAACCCGGGCAAGACUCUUGUCACGCGUACCAAGGGAACUAAGAUCGCUUCGGAGGGGCUUAAGGGGCGUGUGUUCGAGUUCUCUCUCGGAGACCUUAACGCCGACGAGGACCUGGGGUACCGGAAGGUGAAGCUGUGCUGCGAGGACGUCCAGGGUACCUCGGUCCUCACCAACUUCCACGGAAUGGACCUCACCCGCGACAAGCUCUGCUCGCUCAUCAAGAAGUGGCAGACGCUCAUCGAGGGGCAGGUGGACGUUCGCACGACCGAUGGCUACCUCCUCCGCAUCUCUUGCAUCGGCUUCACCAAGAAGCAGGACAACCAGAUCAAGCAGACUUGCUACGCGCAGGCGUCGCAGAUCCGAGCGGUGCGCAAGAAGAUGUGCGACAUCAUGUCGGAGGAGGCCUCCAAGUGCGACCUCAGGGAGCUCGUGCUCAAGUUCAUCCCCGAGAACAUCUCCGGAGAGAUCCUCAAGGCUGUGCAGAGCAUCUACCCGAUGCAGAACGUCUACAUCCGCAAGGUCAAGGCGCUCAAGAAGCCCAAGUUCGACCUCACCAAGCUGAUGGAGAUGCACGGUGACAACACCACCGAGGACAUCGGCAUGGAGAUGGAGAGGGAGGACGAGGGCGAGGAAGCUGUCGUUGCUGACGAGUAAAGCCCGACCCGCUAGCGGCGUGCUCUUCGCACUUCUUUUAGCCUUCCUUCGUUCGACCGGGCCACUCCGUCUCCUCGACUCCUAUUGUUGCAGAUGUUGCCGUUGAACAGCAGUGUCGACCGUUUUUAGCGGAGAUGUUGGGCGCGUUUGCUUCUGGGGAAAGGGAUGAUGCGGGGUGAGGGUCCUUCUCUUUUGCGUGGUUGGGUGGGGGUGUUGGGGGACACUUUCCUCCUGGCCGGGAGGGUGCCGACUCUUUUGGGGGUCGCGCCCGCUUAGCAUCACCCUGCUGAGGAUUGAAUGGCUGCAAGCUCACAGAAUUUGUUCACAGACAACUUGGCGCCUUCUCUUUGCAAUCCGGUCGCUUCGGACGUACGUAAGUGAGUCCAUAUUCCCCGCCCCGGUGGAUGGAUCAUGACUCCG